AUGGCAAAGUACGCGGUUUCCGACGCUGUGAAAUGCAGGAUGCUUCCAUCAACGUUUCGAGGCGCGGCAAAGGAAUGGUUCACGAAUCUGCCUCCAGGAUCCAUAGCUAAGUUCCGCGAUUUCUCAUCAAAAUUCCUUGACCAUUUCUCUGCGAGGACGAUCGAGGAUCUGUUUGAUAUUCGGCAGGAGGAACGUGAAACCUUGAAACAAUAUGUGAAACGAUACAGUGUCAUAUCCGCGAGGUUCGAGGAAUUGCAGCCACGCGUGUGCGUGUGCGCUUUCAAAGGCGGUCUAUCCCGGGGAGAAUUUUAUUGCGAGCUGAGUAGGGAGCUGGCAUGCUCAAUGGUGGAAAUCCGCGCCCGAGCGCAGGAUUACAUCUUAAAAGAGGAAAUUGAAGCGGACAAGAGGAAGGGCGAGUGA